AUGCGCUUAGCUCACCUGCACGUCCCGGACUUGAUCCCGUACAGCCACUCACUACGUCUACAAACGGCGAUUCUGGAAAGACAUUUCCAACACAAGGAUUGGCUGCGUUCCGUCACAAGAGGUGAUUCAUUAGCGAAUGAGGGGAGACGAAACAAGGCCACGAAUAAUGCGCAUCCAACUGAAUCCGACGACAAGGGCAAGGGCAGUGGAAGGGAGUCGUGGCAAAGUAUCAUAAACACAAAAGCCUCAGAUGCUGCUGCUGCUGAUGAGAAUGAUGACGCAGCAAGGGCACGCACCUUGCUGAGACGCAGCACUUUGCGGAACGAUCGACCAGAGUCUUCAUUGCUUGGCGCCAGAAAGGGAAACUGCACUACAAAGAAUACGACGACGGCCUUGCACCAUAAUGCAAGCUCUCUGCCAGCCCUCGACGUCAGUUCCAGCUCCCAUGAACUAUCACACAUCCAGAUGCCCCCGGAUCCUGUCCUCCUGACGUUCAGCACCCCUCCCACUUACACGGUUGGACGCCGGCAUCUUCUCACGAAUCCCGUUUCCGCACACCAGCAGACUUUCCUUUCUGCUAAUGGUCUGGCCACCUUUCAUGCCUCCCCACGUGGUGGCCUCCUCACGUACCAUGCACCAGGCCAGUUGACAGGUUACGUGAUCGUCGACCUUCGGAGGUUCGGCAUCACCGCGAGAUGCUGGGUAAAGCUGUUGGAGGAGAGCGUCAUGCGCACUUGCAGCCGCUGGGGCGUCCGGACUGGGAGGACGGACGAUCCGGGAGUAUGGGUGCUGGAUCCCGGCUCAGCUGCAGAUCAGGAGAGGGGCGGUCGAAGCGCUUCCAGGCCGCCUAAGGGAACAGCAGCUACCGAUCGCAAAAUCUGCGCGAUCGGUGUCCAAGUCUCGCGUGGUGUUACCUCCCAUGGAGUAGGAUUGAACGUAUAUGACGCACCGCUUCCUCCGUCGGCGACCCCAUCGCCUGCCUCAUUUUCAACGGGGCUCUCAUCGUCACCAGGCUCCAUCCCCUUAUUGACAUCGCCUUCUCCCUCGGCUGCCGCGUCCUCAUCAGGACGACGACUUUAUGACUUCAUCCCUGCACAAAUAUCCUCACCUUCUUACGACCCAUUGACGCGAGGUUAUUUGUCAUGGGGUUUCAGCCGCAUCGUGGCUUGUGGGCUGGAAGGGAAGAGCGUAACCUGGCUGACGAGGGAGAUAUUGCGCUCACAUCCGAAUUCAUCCUCGGUCGCGAUCCCUAACUCUGACCAAACAGCACACGAACACUCAUCUUCUCUCCCUUCUACAGCGGAUCGCGGAGAAAAAGGCGUUUCGCUCACUACUGACGAUCAAGCGCAGCUCAUCGUGGAAUCGAUCUCGAUGGAAUCCGUUGCGGAUGUGUUCGCGCACGAGAUCGUCUACGGACUGAACGCCAUGAAAACCGAGGGCAAGGAAACUGUGGAUGGCGUAUACAGGGUUCAAGAGUCGGACUUUCUUUGA